UUCAGGAAGAGAAUCAGAGAUCAGAACCAGGCCAGCAGAAUUAUCUCACACAUAAAGUCAUCCAGGAGUCUCUACAUCAUGUGUCACAUACCAGUCUUCUGCUGGAUUUCUGCAACUGUUCUGGGGACAAUGUUGGGUGAAACAGAGAGUGGAGAUCUGCCUAAAACUCUGACUGAAAUGUACACACACUUCCUGCUAAUUCAGACUAAUGUGAAGAAUCAGAAGUAUCAUGGCACUGAUGAGACAGACACAAAGAAGAUGUCAGCAUCAGAUACAGAAAUCAUCCUGAAACUGGGGCAGCUGGCUUUUCUACAGCUGGAAAAGGGCAAUCUGAUAUUCUAUGAAGAGGACCUGAGAGAGAGUGGCAUUGAUAUCAGUGAAGCUUCAGUGUACUCUGGGGUGUGCACAGAGAUCUUUAAAGAGGAGUGUGGGUUGUAUCAGGAGAAGGUCUACUGCUUUGUGCAUUUGAGCAUUCAGGAGUAUCUGGCUGCCUUGUUUGUGUUUCAUUCAUGUGUAAAUGGGAACAGAAAUGUACUCAGAGCAGAAAAAUCAAAGUCUCACAGUGAGAGAGUGGAGCUGUCUGAGUUACACAGGACUGCAGUGGAUCAGGCUUUAGAGAGUCAGAAUGGACACCUGGACCUUUUCCUCAGAUUCCUUCUUGGCCUCUCUCUGGACUCCAGUCAGAUUCUCUUCAGAGGACUACUGACACAGACAGGAAGCAGAUCACCUGGACCAGACCUACAGACACAGACAGAAAGCAGAUCACAGAGCAUUAAGGAAACAGUCCAGUACAUUAAGCGAUGUAUCAGAGAGGAAUCUUCAGCAGAGAGGACCAUCAAUCUGUUCCACUGUCUCAGUGAACUGAAUGACAACUCUCUAGUGGAGGAAAUCCAGAAUUCCCUGAGAUCAGGAAAACUUUCUGAUAAAAAGCUGGAACCAGACCAGUGUUCAGCUCUGGCCUUUGUGUUACUGAUGUCAGAGGAGAUCCUGGAUGAGUUUGACCUGAAGGCCUACAACACAUCAGCAGCAGGUCGUCAGAGACUGGUACCAGUAGUCAGGAUCUGCAGGAAGGCCAUACUGAACAACUGUAACCUCACAGAGGAGUCCUGCGAUAUUGUGGCCUCAGCUCUCCAGUCAUCAAACUCAACCCUGAGAGAUCUGGACCUCAACGACAAUACCCUGGGAGAUGCAGGAGUGAAGCUGCUCUGUGCUGGACUGAUGAGUCCAAACUGUAAACUACAGAGACUGGGACUGAACAGCUGUGACCUCACAGAGGAGUCCUGUGAUAUUGUGGCCUCAGCUCUCCAGUCAUCAAACUCAACCCUGAGAGAUCUGGACCUGAGGGACAAUAACCUGGGAGAUUCAGGAGUGAAGCUGCUCUGUGCUGGACUGAUGAGUCCAAACUGUAAACUACAGAGACUGGGUCAAUCCCCGUUCUCAGACACCUACUGGGAAAAGAACACACACUUUUAAACCCAGGACUGAUUAGAGGGUGCAGCCAUCCUGGAACAAGUUAGGUUGUGAUGUCACUGAAAUAAAUCUGUCUCUAGUCGAUUGUUUUAAAAUGACCUCUUAUGGAAAUAAAGUAGAUGCCCUAAUUGACUUGCGAAAAGAAAUGUAUGGUAACAUGAAAUGUGUGGAGUUGUGAAAAACGUUUGAAAAUCCUUAGCCUAGUUGUAUGUAAACUUCUGGUGUCAACUGUAAGUUUUUUCUCCAAAUGUUUCAGCAGAAAAUUUGAAUCAUUAGGUGUAUUGUUUCUCUUAUACAGUCAUUUUUACCCAGAGGAGCUGCCCAUUCUGCUAGUGAAACUAACGAUUUGCCCAGCGAGUACCCCAGUAAGGGUGUUACCCCAAAACUUGAUCUCUUGUUAUCCCAAAACCAGUUCUCUGAAACAAUGAGAGGAGAGAUCCACCUAUGGGAAAUGUCAUCCAGUCUUGACCUUUGCAGAAGCAUCCAAUUGCACCAAGUCUGGCUCUGACAGACAGUAUCGUGUCCAAUGCUAAAGGAGGCCACACUGCAGCGCCUGGUGUUUGCUCUGUUUGCUCUGUUUCCCGCCUUUCUACACUGUAAAGCGUCUUUGUGACGGUCUGUAAAAUGUCUGUCUGUAAAAAGCACCAUGCAAAUAAAACUGAAUUGAAUACUC